UCUGCAGCAGGGGGCGGGGCGGACUCAGCAGCUCUGCGGGCCACCUGAGUCCUGUUCUAGUUGGAUCUGGCCUGCGGCCCUCGGUUCCCUCAGCUCUCGUAGCUCUGGCGGAGUCUGAGCGAUGGGCGACCUGGAAAGGCCGGAAGCGGCCUGGCCGGAGCAGGAUGAGAGAUUAUCUUCAGAUACCAACGAAAAUGAAGAGCCACUCCUAAGAAAGAGUUCUCGCCGAUUUGUCAUCUUUCCAAUCCAGUACCCCGAUAUUUGGAAAAUGUAUAAACAGGCACAGGCAUCCUUCUGGACAGCAGAAGAGGUUGACUUAUCAAAGGAUCUCCCUCACUGGAACAAGCUUAAAUCAGAUGAGAAGUAUUUUAUCUCUCACAUCUUAGCCUUUUUUGCAGCCAGUGAUGGAAUUGUGAAUGAAAAUUUGGUGGAGCGAUUUAGUCAGGAGGUACAGGUUCCAGAGGCUCGCUGUUUCUAUGGCUUUCAAAUUCUCAUCGAGAAUGUUCACUCAGAGAUGUACAGUUUGCUAAUACACACUUACAUCAGAGAUCCCAAGAAAAGGGACUUUUUAUUUAAUGCAAUUGAAACAAUGCCAUACGUUAAGAAAAAAGCAGAUUGGGCCUUGCGAUGGAUAGCAGAUAGAAAAUCUACUUUUGCCUUUGCUGCUAUAUUCUGGUUAAAGAAAAGAGGUCUUAUGCCUGGACUCACUUUUUCCAAUGAACUCAUCAGCAGAGAUGAAGGCCUUCACUGUGACUUUGCUUGCCUGAUGUUUCAAUACUUAGUAAACAAGCCCUCGGAAGAGAGGGUCCGGGAAGUCAUUGUUAACGCUGUUGAAAUAGAGCAAGAGUUUUUAACAGAAGCCUUGCCAGUUGGCCUCAUUGGAAUGAAUUGUGUUUUGAUGAAACAGUAUAUUGAGUUUGUAGCUGACAGAUUACUUGUGGAACUUGGAUUCUCAAAGAUUUUUCACGCAGAAAAUCCCUUCGAUUUUAUGGAAAAUAUUUCUUUAGAAGGAAAAACAAAUUUCUUUGAGAAACGAGUUUCAGAGUAUCAGCGUUUUGCAGUGAUGGCGGAAACCACAGAUAAUGUCUUCACUUUGGAUGCAGAUUUUUAAAACCCUCCCAUAUCCAAACCUGUCAUUGAUGAUUAGCAGUCUGUCUUUCUCUGCUUAAAAACAAACAAACAAACACUUAAAAGAUAUCUCUUUUGCUCAAAAAGAGAUCCAAAACCAAAUAUCAAUCAAGUUGGGUUUGUAUAAAUACAUUCUAACUUUUCUGUUGAACAACCA